AUGUCUUCGGUUAUUCUUCCUCCACAAGCUCCAGUUGAGCGUUUGAACAGAACUGCUAGUUUCAGGACUUUGGAAAGAGAAUCAAGAUUUAUUAAUCCUCCAAAGGAUAAAUCUGCAUACCCAUUCCUAGCGGACGCUGUACAGCCACACAUUGGCUCCUUCAAUGCAUUGACUGAGGGACCUGAUGGUGGUUUGUUAAACCUAGGGGCAAAAGAUAUUGGAUCCAAAGUUAUUUUCGAUGGUAAGGGAUCGGACACUAACCCAAACUACUUGGGUAACAAAUUAUCUUUGAGUAUUGAACAGGUGUCUAUUUCUAAACCAACUUCUAACGAUGGUGUUUCUUCUGCAGUAGAACGCAAGGUUUUCCCAUCUGAAUCCAGACAGAGAUUGACUUCAUACAGAGGGAAAAUUUUGCUGAAGUUGAAAUGGUCGGUCAAUGAUGGUGAAGAAACUUUUACUGAAGUAAGAGACUGUGGUGGUUUGCCAAUCAUGCUUCAGUCCAAUAGAUGUCAUUUGAACAAGAUGUCUCCAUACGAAUUAGUCGAACAUAGGGAAGAAUCUGAUGAAUUUGGUGGUUACUUCAUUGUUAAUGGUAUCGAAAAAUUGAUCAGAAUGUUAAUUGUGCAACGUAGAAACCAUCCAAUGGCUAUCAUUAGACCUUCAUUUGCUAACAGAGGUGCCUCCUACUCCCAAUAUGGUAUUCAGAUUAGAUCCGUUAGACCAGAUCAAACAUCUCAAACUAACGUCUUGCAUUAUUUAAACGAUGGUCAAGUUACCUUCAGGUUCUCUUGGAGGAAAAAUGAAUAUUUAAUUCCAGUGGUAAUGAUCUUAAGAGCACUAUGCGAUACCAAUGAUAGAGAGAUUUUUGAUCACGUUGUCGGUGGAGACACCUCUAAUUCUUUCUUGACAGAUCGUCUUGAAUUGUUACUACGUGGCUUCAAGAAGAGAUACCCAACUCUACAAAACCGUAAACAAACUUUGCAAUAUUUGGGUGACAAAUUCCGUGUUGUAUUCCAAGCCUCUCCCGAUAUGACCGAUCUGCAAGUCGGCCAGGAACUUUUAAACCGUAUUGUUUUAGUUCACCUUGGUGAAAACAACAAAGACAAAUUCAACAUGCUAUUAUUCAUGAUCAGAAAACUCUAUUCGUUGGUUGCUGGUGAAUGUUCCCCAGAUAAUCCUGAUGCAGCUCAACAUCAAGAAAUUCUAUUAGGUGGGUUCUUGUAUGGUAUGAUUGUCAAGGAAAAAAUUGAAGAAUACCUACAAAACAUCAGGUUACAAAUUCAAACAGACAUAAAUCGUGGGUUAGCUAUCAACUUUAAGGAUCAAAAAUAUAUGAACAAGGUGCUUAUGAGAGUCAAUGAAAACAUUGGGUCAAAAUUACAGUAUUUCUUAUCUACUGGUAAUUUGGUUUCUCAAUCUGGUCUAGAUUUGCAGCAAGUUUCUGGUUACACUGUUGUGGCAGAAAAGAUUAACUUUUACCGUUUCAUUUCUCAUUUCCGAAUGGUGCAUAGAGGUUCCUUCUUUGCUCAAUUAAAGACUACUACCGUUAGAAAGUUGUUACCGGAAUCCUGGGGUUUCUUCUGUCCGGUGCAUACUCCAGAUGGUUCUCCUUGUGGUUUAUUGAACCAUCUUUCGCAUAAAUGUAAAAUUUCUACUGAACAAUCAGAUGUUUCAAAGAUACCUUCCAUCUUGUACUCUCUUGGUGUCACUCCAGCUGCACACGUCAUUGCUGCUGGUCCUUCCAUGUGUUGCGUUCAGUUAGAUGGUAAGAUUAUCGGUUGGUGUUCUCACGAACAGGGUAAGGUCGUUGCUGACACUUUGAGAUUCUGGAAAGUGGAAGGCAAGACUCCGGGUUUGCCUGUAGACUUGGAAGUUGGAUAUGUUCCACCUACCACUAGUGGUCAAUACCCCGGUCUUUUCCUCUUUGGUGGUCAUUCUAGAAUGAUGCGUCCGGUGCGUUAUCUUCCAUUAGAUAAGGAAGAUAUUGUGGGUCCAUUUGAACAAGUAUAUAUGAAUAUUGCUGUGACUCCGGAAGAAAUCGAAAAUAACGUUCAUUCCCACGUUGAGUUCUCUCCAACAAACAUUCUUUCUAUCUUGGCUAACCUAACACCAUUCUCUGAUUUCAAUCAAUCUCCAAGAAAUAUGUACCAAUGUCAAAUGGGUAAACAAACCAUGGGUACUCCUGGUGUGGCUCUAUGCCAUCGUUCUGAUAACAAAUUAUACAGGUUGCAAACCGGUCAGACACCAAUUGUUAAGGCUAACCUCUACGAUGAUUAUGGUAUGGAUAACUUCCCUAACGGUACCAAUGCAGUGGUUGCGGUUAUUUCUUACACUGGUUACGAUAUGGAUGAUGCAAUGAUUAUCAACAAAUCGGCUGAUGAAAGAGGUUUUGGAUAUGGUACAAUGUAUAAGGUGGAAAAGGUCAAUUUGUCUAUGAACAGAAGCCGUGGUGAUCCAAUUACCCAGCAUUUCGGAUUCGGUACAGACGAGUGGCCCAAGGAAUGGCUUGAAAAGCUUGACGACGAUGGUUUACCACUGAUAGGUACCUACGUUGAAGAAGGUGAUCCAAUUUGUGCAUACUUUGAUGACACCUUGAAUAAAACGAAGAUCAAAACUUACCACUCUUCUGAACCUGCAUAUAUCGAGGAAGUUAAAUUAAUUGGUGACGAAUCUUCAAAAUUCCAAGAACUGCAAGCAAUUACCAUUAAAUACCGUAUCAGAAGAACUCCUCAAAUCGGUGACAAAUUCUCUUCCAGACACGGUCAAAAGGGUGUCUGUUCUAGAAAAUGGCCAACUAUUGACAUGCCGUUCAGUGAAACAGGUAUUCAACCAGAUGUCAUUAUUAAUCCUCAUGCUUUCCCAUCUCGUAUGACAAUUGGUAUGUUUGUCGAAUCUCUUGCUGGUAAAGCAGGUGCAUUGCAUGGUAUUGCUCAAGAUUCUACUCCAUGGACUUUCAACGAGAGUGACACCCCCGCUGACUACUUCGGUGAUCAACUAGCAAAAGCAGGUUACAACUACCACGGUAACGAACCAAUGUACUCCGGUGCAACUGGUGAAGAACUUAGAGCGGAUAUCUACAUUGGUGUUGUUUACUAUCAAAGAUUGCGUCACAUGGUUAACGAUAAGUUCCAAGUGCGUUCCACUGGUCCUGUCAACAGUCUAACGAUGCAACCUGUCAAGGGUAGAAAGAGACACGGUGGUAUUCGUGUAGGUGAAAUGGAAAGAGAUGCAUUAAUCGGUCAUGGUACCUCAUUCCUAUUGCAAGAUCGUCUACUGAACUGUUCAGAUUACACACAAACAGCUGUUUGUCGUGACUGUGGUGCUAUCUUAACCACACAAUCUAGUGUACCAAAGAUUGGAUCAAUCUCGACUGUACGCUGUCGUCGUUGUGCCCUCAAGUUUGACGAAGCAAAGAGAUUAAUUACAAAAUACGAAUCUGGAAGUGAACCUGUUCACAUCGCUGAUUCCGAAAUCUGGGAAGACGGUCAAGGUAAUAAAUUUGUCGGUGGUGGAAAUACGACCACGGUUGCCAUUCCGUUCGUGUUGAAAUACUUAGAUUCUGAAUUAGCAGCAAUGGGUAUUAGACUACGCUACAAUGUUGAACCAAAGUAG